AUGACGGACAUGGAUGAUAAAAUUCGAGACAUUUAUCAAAAGAUUGAACGAGAAAAGGUUUUAAUUCAAGGUGCACAAGCUAUGCGUAGUCAGACAGAAAAUGAGACAGUUCAACAAAGUCUCGAGAAUAAUAUUAGAGAAUCUCAAAGAAAUAUAGCAUAUUUGGAGAAAAUGUUGCAUGAACUUCAGUUGAAAAAGAAAGAAUCUCUUGACGAGCAGAAAGAGCAGGAUAAUAUUGAAUCAUCAGAGCCACCGACUUCAAAUGAUGUAUUUUUUUCAGAAACACAAAAAAUUGUUAAAGAAAAUUCUAUAGAUAAUCUUGAAAAUGCUGAGAAAGUUUCUGCAGAAGGAUUGUUGGUUUCAUCAAAAUCAACACAGCAAUAUACUAAAUUAGAUUUAUUUAAAUACUAUACUCCAUAUACAAGCGUGAAAAUACAAACGAUGUUACAGUUGUUAGAAUUUAAGCUUACUGUAGAGAAACAAGUAAAAGACGGUUUUGAUAAAUUAAUUAAAUUAUAUCAAAAUGAAAAUGAUAAGAAAAAUAGAAACGAAGCUGAAUUAAAGAGAAUUCAGAGUGUUCAUAAAAUACAAUUAUUAAAACGUGCAUUAAAACGCUACGAAAAUCUUCAUAUUGACAUUGAUAAAGAUAGUCAGAAUGAUAAUGAAAAAGCGAAUGCAUCUAGUGUAAGGGGACUACUUUCUGGUAUUUUUAAGGGAAAAGUUUAUGCGAUUCAAGAUGUUGAACACGUUAAUCGAACAUCUCGAACACCUGAAACAUAUAUAGUAAUUAAAGUUGAUAAGACAGAAGUUACAACACGAAUGUCUAAAACAGAUCGUUGGCAACAAGAAUCUUUUGAAAUUGAAGCUAAUAAGGUUAAUGAAGUUGAAUUUGUUGUUUAUGAUAAGCAAGGGAGUUCAUCUAUUCCUAUUGCUAUCCUUUAUAUACAGAUAUCCGAUAUUGCUGAAGAAUUACGCCAAAAUCGUAUUAAAGAGGUUUCAGGACCUGAUUGGGUUAGUGCAGAAAAGAUGCAAAAUAAUUCCGGUAGAAUUAGUCCUGCAAAAGAUGCUUCUGAUAUAACGAGUUCUCAUUCUUGUUCGUCUACAUUUCAAAAGCAAUCCAAUAUCUCUAAAGAAAUUGCAGCAUCAGAAGAUAAAAGUAUCGAUACUUGGUUUUCACUUGAGCCAGCAGGGCAAAUACAUUUAAGUUUGAAUUUUGUAAAAAACGCUAAAAAUCAACGCCCUAAUCAUAAAUUGGGUCUUGGUAGACAAGGUGCAAUUCGUGAAAAGAAAAAAACGGUUUAUGAAGUACAUGGUCAUAGUUUUGCUCAACAUCAGUUUUAUCAAAUUAUAAAGUGUGCUUUUUGUAGCGAGUUUCUUAAAAAUGCUAUAGGAUUUCGAUGUAUAGAUUGUAGAUACACUUGCCAUAAAAAAUGUUAUCUUAAAGUAAUUACAAAAUGUAUUUCAAAAAUAAAUUCCAGUACAGAUCUUGAAGAAAAACUUAAUCACCAUAUUCCUCAUAGAUUUGAAUUAGUUACAAAUAUAGGCGCAAAUUGGUGUUGUCAUUGUGGUUAUAUUCUUCCUCUUGGAAAAAAAAAUGCACAAAAAUGUUUAGAAUGUAGCAUAUUAUGUCAUACACAAUGUCGACAUUUUAUUCCUAACCUAUGUGGCAUGUCAAUGGAAGUAGCUAACCAAAUUUUGAAUGAAAUUAAAAUUACAAAACUAAGGCAAUCAAAUAGUUUUAAUAUAAUUAGUAAAAAAGUUCAAAAUGGAUUUUCUCAUGAGAAUGAUAAAAAUGAAUUUAAGGCUUAUUUUUCAUCGAAGAAUUUCUCUCAAGCUACAUUUAACUCUUUUCAAAAUACAGACGAGUCCCACUUUAAAUCUCAAGAUAAACAAACAUCUUAUUCUUCUGAUAAGACGAUUCUACAGAAAAAUGUUUCUGAUAUAAUUAAUACUCAAGAAACGCGUGAGCCUUGGUCGUCUUUUUCCACACAUUCUACUUUUGCAAAAAAUGCUUUUAAUGUCUCUGAUAAUGAAACUACACAAUCAUCUGCUCUACUAGGAAACAUGUCAUCAGAUUUAGAUUUGGAUCAUAGUUCUACCUCUUAUCAAGGUGUUUCUUUAAAAUAUGAAAAUGAGUUCCAGAAACAAGAAAAUCAAGAAAACUUUUUAAGAGAUUCAAGUCAGUCUAUAACGUCUUAUCAAGAAAAGAAUGUAAAUAUAACAUAUCAAGCUAAUGAUAAUAAAUAUUCUUAUAAUUAUAAUCGGUAUUCUGAAAAUCUCUAUACAAGAACAGAUGAGUCAUAUUCUUCUGAUUCAUCUACUGAUAAUUAUCAAUUAUCCGGUAAUGUUUAUGUUAAUAAACCUGCAUCAUAUUUGUCUUCAAUGAAAACAAAAAUUACUUCGUUUGAUAUAAAAAAAGUUGGACUGGAUGAUUUUAAUUUUUUAGCAGUUUUAGGUAAAGGGAAUUUUGGCAAAGUUAUGCUUGCAGAAACUAAGUCUACAAAACAAUUGUAUGCAAUUAAGGUUUUAAAAAAGGAAUCUAUUAUAGAAAAUGAAGAGAUAGGAAGUACAGCAUCAGAGAAACGAAUUUUUCUUGCUGCUAAUAAAGGAAAACAUCCUUUUCUUAUUAAUAUGCAUUCUUGUUUUCAGAGCGAAUCAAGAAUUUAUUUUGUAAUGGAAUAUGUAAGUGGUGGUGACUUAUUAUUACAUAUUCAGCGAGAACAAUUUGGUCAAAUGAGAGCUCAAUUUUAUGCUGCUGAAGUUUUGCUUGCUUUAAAACAUUUUCAUGAAAAUGGUAUUGUUUAUCGAGAUCUAAAGCUUGACAAUAUUUUAUUAUGUGUUGAUGGACAUAUUAAGGUGACAGAUUAUGGUCUUUGUAAAGAAGAUAUGUGGUAUGGUUCCACUACGAAUACAUUUUGUGGCACCCCAGAGUUUAUGGCUCCUGAAAUUUUGUAUGAACAACCUUAUGGACGCGCUGUCGACUGGUGGGCUUUUGGAGUUUUAAUUUAUCAAAUGCUUUUGGGACAAUCACCUUUUCGCGGUGAAGAUGAAGAUGAAAUUUUUGAUGCAAUUCAGUCGGACGAACCCCUCUAUCCUAUUCAUAUGCCUCGAGAAUCUGUUUCCAUUCUUCAAAGGCUUCUUACCAAAGAUCCAGACCGACGUCUUGGAUCUGGUCCAAGCGAUGCAUUGGAAGUAAUGGCUCAUCCAUUUUUUAGAAACAUUAAUUGGGAUGAUAUCUAUCAUAAAAGGGUUCAUCCACCGUACUUUCCUAAAGUUGUUAAUGCCGUAGAUACUAGUAAUUUUGAUGUCGAGUUUACACCUAACAAUAGAGCAGAUGAGCCUCCUAUUUUAACUCCUGUUCAAUCAAUAUUAACUCAAGCCAUGCAAGAACAGUUUCGUGGUUUUUCUAUCUACUGUGGUGAUCCGUAG